UCAUUCAUUCACCCAACGCCAUUAAUUUUUCACAAGAUAAAGAUAGAGAGAAAAUGCGCGUGAGCAACAAUCUCGUGGGAAUUCUGAAUUUCGUGACGCUGGUGCUAUCGAUUCCGAUAAUCGCCAGCGGCAUAUGGCUGUCCAAGCAGGCAGGCACAGAGUGCGAGCGCUUCCUCGACACGCCGGUGAUUGUCCUUGGGGUGUUCGUGCUGCUCGUCUCGAUCGCAGGCCUGGUCGGCUCGUGCUGGCGCGUGACGUGGCUGAUGUGGGUGUACCUGCUGGUCAUGUUCCUCCUCAUCCUGCUCAUCUUCUGCUUCACCAUCUUCGCCUUCGUCGUCACCAACAAGGGCGCCGGUCAGGCGCUCUCCGGUAAAGGAUACAAAGAGUAUAGGCUUGGCGAUUACUCGAAUUGGCUGCGGAAGAGGGUGACUGGUAAUUGGGGUAAGAUUAGGAGCUGUUUGAUGGAUAGUAAGGUUUGCCACACGCUGCUUGUAGAUGCCACUACUCCAGCCACGGACUUCUACGAGGAGCGUAUCUCUUCGAUUCAGUCAGGUUGCUGCAAGCCAUCAAACGACUGCAACUUCCAAUAUGUGAGCCCAACAAACUGGACUCCGAGUGCAACACCGACAUCCCAGAAUCCAGACUGCGCAAAAUGGAGCAACGAUGUGAACAAACUGUGCUAUGACUGUGACUCGUGCAAGGCCGGGCUGCUGGAUAACAUAAAGAGUGACUGGAAGAGGGUGGCUGAGAUCAACAUCGUGUUCCUGGUGUUCCUCGUGAUCGUCUACACGGUGGGAUGUUGUGCCUUCAGGAACAACAGGGAUGGCCAUUCUUGGAAAUGAUACCCUUGAUUAGUAGAAAGAAGGGUGCAACUUCUUGCUUCUUGUUGAUUUUCUUAGGUGUGUACAGUGCUUUUUUCUUUCUUUGGGUUUAUAAUACACCCAUUUUUAGACCAUUUUAUGUUGCUCUUUACAUAUUGCUUUCUGAGUUCAAUGUGCACAUUUCAUUCUAUAUAACUCUAGUUUUAUGCA